AUGGCGACUUCGUCUAUCAGACGGCAAAUGAAAAACAUCGUGAACAAUUACUCGGAAGCGGAAAUAAAGGUCCGGGAAGCCACCUCCAAUGACCCGUGGGGCCCGUCCAGCUCCCUGAUGACGGAGAUCGCGGACCUGACCUACAACGUGGUGGCCUUCUCCGAGAUCAUGAGCAUGGUGUGGAAGCGGCUCAACGACCACGGCAAGAACUGGCGGCACGUGUACAAGGCGCUGACGCUGCUGGACUACCUCAUCAAGACGGGCUCCGAGCGGGUGGCCCAGCAGUGCCGCGAGAACAUCUUCGCCAUCCAGACCCUGAAGGACUUCCAGUACGUGGACCGCGAUGGCAAGGACCAGGGCAUCAACGUGCGCGAGAAGUCAAAGCAGCUGGUGGCCCUGCUCAAGGACGAGGAGCGGCUGAAGGCCGAGAGGGCCCAGGCUCUCAAAACCAAAGAGCGUAUGGCCCAGGUCGCCACCGGCAUGGGGAGCAACCAGAUCACCUUCGGCCGCGGCUCCAGCCAGCCCAACCUCUCCACCAGCUACUCGGAGCAGGAGUACGGCAAGGCCGGGGGCUCGCCUGCCUCCUACCAUGGCUCGCCCGAGGCCUCGCUGUGCCCCCAGCACCGCGCAGGGGCCCCGCUGGGUCAGAGCGAGGAGCUGCAGCCGCUGAGCCAGCGCCACCCCUUCCUGCCGCACCUGGGGCUGGCCUCCCGCCCAAAUGGCGACUGGUCCCAGCCCUGCCUCACUUGUGACCGCGCAGCCCGAGCCACCUCCCCGAGGGUGUCCUCUGAGCUGGAGCAGGCCCGGCCCCAGACAAGUGGAGAAGAAGAGCUGCAGCUACAGCUGGCACUUGCCAUGAGCAGAGAGGUAGCGGAGCAGGAAGAGCGCCUCCGGCGGGGUGAUGACCUCAGAUUACAGAUGGCCCUAGAAGAGAGCCGAAGAGACACAGUUAAAGUUCCAAAAAAGAAAGAGCAUGGCUCCCACCCACAGCAGACCACUCUGUUGGAUUUAAUGGAUGCCCUCCCCAGCUCGGGCCCUGCUGCCCAGAAAGCAGAGCCUUGGGGCCGGUCAGCUUCAGCCAACCAGACGAACCCCUGGGGCGGGCCGGCAGCCCCAGCCAGCUCUUCAGACCCCUGGCCAUCGUUCGGUGCCAAGCCAGCUGCCCCCGUCGACCCGUGGGGAGUGCCCACCGGAGCCAGCAUACCCUCCGUCUCCAAGGGCUCGGACCCCUGGGCAGCCCCACAGCAGCAGGCCCCCAGUGCUGGGAAAACGGCCGACGCCUGGGCCGCAGCCUCGGCCGCCAAGCCCGUGUCGGCCACUGGGGCCUUUGAUCUCUUCAGUAAUUUGAAUGGUACAAUUAAAGAUGACUUUUCUGAAUUUGACAACCUCCGAACUUCAAAAAAAACAGGGCCCAGCAUGGAGACUGCCACUCUCCAGCAGCAGUUCCCAGCUCCCCCUCUGCCCUCCUCAUUCCCGGACCCCGGUGGUCACGGAGUGUGGCACGCGGAAUACGGGAGCAGUGCCAGCUGUUCGUGCUUCCGGCCCUUGGACCUGGGGAUGGAUGUUGUCCUGACGAGGGCCGCUGUCCCUCCUGCUCUCUCCUCAGGUGCAGCCGCAGCCUCGGCCCCUGUCAACCCCUUCCAGGUGAACCAGCCCCAGCCGCUGACGCUGAACCAGCUGCGGGGGAGCCCAGUCCUGGGGACCAGCACGUCCUUUGGGCCGAGCCCGGGGGUGGAGCCCAUGGCUGUGGCCUCCAUGACCUCCACAGCCCCGCACCCAGCUCUGGGGGGCAGCGGUUCCUCCCUGACGCCACUGGGCCCCGCCACGAUGAACAUGGGGGGCAGUGUGGGCAUCCCCCCGUCGGCAGCUCAGGCCGCCGGCACAACCAACCCUUUCCUCCUCUAG